GAGGCGGUCAAGGUCGUAGUCAGAUGUAGACCCUUCAGUGAGAAAGAGAAGGCCGCCGGACACUCGAAUAUCGUAGCGAUAAGCAAAGAGGCCGCGACUGUCGCCAUCACAAACCCAAAGAGCGCCUCCGAUCUCCCAAAGACAUUCACCUUCGAUAGUGUGUUUGAUAUCUCCAGUACACAGCAGGAGGUCUAUAAUAAGACGGCGAGACCCAUCAUCGAGAGUGUACUUAAUGGUUACAAUGGCACGAUCUUUGCAUAUGGGCAAACGGGCACCGGAAAGACCUUCUCCAUGGAGGGCAUCCGCGAUGUCCCAGAGCUGCGAGGAAUCAUCCCUAACGCCUUUGCGCACAUCUUCGCCGAAAUCUCCAUGGCGGACAAAUCCACCCAGUUCCUGGUUCGAGCAUCCUACCUCGAGAUCUACAACGAGGACAUCAGAGAUCUCCUCAACCCGAAAGCCGGCAAGCUAGAAAUCAAGGAGCGCGCAGAUAUUGGUAUCUACGUAAAGGACCUGAGGACGUUCGUGAUCAAGGAUGUGGAAGAGAUGGACCGAUUGAUGUCGUUUGGAAACAAGAACCGCUCCGUCGGCGCGACGGAAAUGAACGCGACGAGUUCACGCUCCCAUUCCAUUUUCAGCAUCACAGUCGAAGCCAGCGAAAAGGGCCAAGAUGGGGAAGAGCACAUCCGCGCCGGAAAACUGCAUUUGGUCGAUCUGGCUGGUUCAGAACGGCAGGGCAAGACUGGCGCGACCGGGGAUCGGUUGAAGGAGGCCACCAAGAUCAAUCUGUCUCUGUCGGCGUUGGGGAACGUCAUUAGUACGCUGGUGGAUGGGAAGAGCUCGCAUAUCCCGUAUCGGGAUUCGAAGCUCACGCGGCUGUUGCAGGACUCGCUGGGUGGGAAUGCGAAGACGUUGAUGGUGGCGACUAUGAGUCCGGCGAGUUAUAACUUUGAGGAGACGCUGUCGACGCUGCGGUACGCGAAUCGGGCGAAGAAUAUCAAGAAUAAGCCGAAGAUCAAUGAGGAUCCGAAGGACGCGAUGCUGAGAGAGUUCCAAGAAGAAAUCAAGCGCCUAAAAGCCCAGCUAGACCAAAUGGACAGCAGCGGAACAGGAGUGACAGGCGAACCCAUCAUCCAAGAGGUGGAAGAGAUCGAAGAGAUGCAAGAACAAGUAGAAGCCGAGAAACGCCACAUCCUCGAAUCCAAAGACAUUGAAGAAUCCGAACGCAACCGUCUCCUCGACGCCCUCAACUCCCGCGGCGCCGAGCUCGAGUCCGAAAAGGAAGCGCGGAACCAAUUAACCGCCAAACUCUCCCAGCUGGAACAAAAGCUGCUGAUCGGGGGCGUGAACGCGAUCGAUAAACACGAGGGGCAGAAACUGGAACUGGCCAAACAACAACAGGAGAUCGAAGAACGUGCAAGACGGGAACGUGAACUGGCCCGGGAACUCGAAGAACACGAGGAGGCAGGUCUACAGAUCGAGGAAGAAUUCUCAUCAUUACAGGAAGAAGCCGCGGCCAAGACCAAAAAGCUCAAAAAACUCUGGACCCUCCUCAUGCGGCACAAAUCCGAGAUCAAAGACCUCCAAGAAGAACACCAACGCGAGCGCGAACAGCUCCUCGAAACAGUCCGCGAUCUCACCCGCGAGCUCAAACUCCGCAUGUUGGUCCUCGACUCGUUCGUACCCCGGGACUCGCUGGAGCUCCUUGAAUCGUUCGCCGAGUACGAUGAGACGAGCGAGAAGUGGCGGAUAGCGCAUAUCGCGCAUGCCGGGAACAAUAUCCGUGGGAAACGGAGCUUGGUGUCGGGGUUGCCGCUGCAUCGUGAUCAGUAUGGGCCUGCGGGCGAGCAGGGGAUGGAUGGGGAGGAGCCGCCGUGGAAUCCGAUGGUUGCGUUUCCGGAUCCGUAUUUAUCAUACGACACGCCGGUGGGGUCGGGCGGGAAGCGGAAGAAGACGGCUGGUGGGGGGGAGAUGGGGAAGAAGGGGUUGGGGAGCGGGGAUCGGCCGUCAGGGAAGAGGCCGGGGACUGUGGGAGCUAAACGGACGCCGACGAAGGGGAGUCGGGAGAAGAAUGUGGCUACGCCGACGCCGACUAAGUUGCAGGCGGAGGAUGAUGCAAAGGCGCCGCCGUCUGCAAGAGGGCUUGUGGGCAAGACGAAACAUUAUGCAUGA